CCGGAGUGGGUCACAGACGCGAUGCGCUACUUCGCGCUCAUUGAAGGCGGCCAGCGCUGGAAGGGCCUGGUAGACUCUUGGCUGGAGUUUGAGAAGUCCCUUCGCUAUCCCAAUGGACAGGACACUAGCAAUCGCCUCGCGGUGGAAUUCCGCCCUGAGGAGGUAAAGCUAUGGAUGAAGAACCACCGCCUCUACGAGAAGCUCCCUAAGAUCAAGUCCCCGAAGCAAUUCUCCGUGUCGUGGAAGAGGUGGUGGAUCUCCCUCCAGCCCUCCUCGCGCACGAGCGACGAGGCCUGGCCGCUGCCUCGAAGUGAGCCCGUUGAUCCCUCCGACUGGGACGUCGUGGCUAGAGGCGGCUGUAACGGCCUAUUCCUUGUCGUACUGACCCUGGCUUGGUGG